AGAGAGGCUAAGCGGGGGUGGGAUGACACCCACUGGAGUGAAGGAGGAGGAGGGCAGUGUGUGGAGACGUAAGGAAGAGAAAAAACCCCUAGUAAACCUGACAAAGCGUCUGAGAAAAAGAGCGAGGACCGUCGGCGGAAGGAGAGGAGUCGCGAGAGACGCAGCAGAGGGACGCACGUUGAUGGAUCUUAUGCCAUUUUUGCAUCGGACAACAGUCACAUUUACAGAUUUUUGAAGCACAACUGUCUUCCUCCAGCAGCUGCCAACUUUGUUUUCCAUUUGACAAGUGCGCUCAUCGCGAUAUCUGGGCAUGUUCUGCGCCCUGGAAGAAACUUGGUGACGCGGAGGAAAGUUUCGGUGGGACAGCAGCAGAAUGGUGUUCAGCGCUGUUUUCGAAGGAUAACGCGUGUAAACGUGGGAAUUUUUUGCAUGGCACUGGACUACGCUGCCGCCACGGUGUGGAAUAACCCCUCAAACCCGAGUGGAUGCCGGUGGAUUGUGGAUUAGAAAUAGGGGAAAAGGCUGCGCCUCUCAGAUUGUUUUUGGUGCAGUGUGGAGUUGGAGACAUUCCUCCUUCAGGAUUCAGCUCAUGCUCUCUCUCCUCCCUUAUCUGUGCAUGCCAAAACAGAGAGCUCCACGGCUAUAGUCUUCCCUGCCCAGGUGAUUGGGUGAAUUCCAGUGAGUGACAGGCCGACCCGGCUGCAGUUGAUGGUUGGGUGGACACCCUCAGAUGGGAUCAGUGACCAGGGGGAGGUGGAGAAGCGGGUUAUGGGGAGCCCUGUCCCCCACUAACGGGAUGGCCUCGUGGGCCUGGCUGCUGGCCGCAGUCCUGCUGUCUCUGCUGACGGUCAGCGCAGCUCGGCCGCCCCUCACCGCCACCAAGGAGGAGGAGGCCGCUCUGGAACCUGAAGACGCAUCGAACAAAUACCAUAUUUCUAAGCCCACGGUGUGCUCACUGCACCCAGGGGAGGUGCUGAAGCUAAGCUGCCCUUUGCCCGCGACGGGGACCAUCACCUGGACCAAAGACGGCAGCUCUUUGGGCACCAACAACCGCACACUGAUAGAGCAGGAGGUGCUGCAGAUUCGUGAUGCCACGCCUAAGGAUUCGGGCCUGUACGCCUGCACCAGCGUUGGCAAAGACACGGUCUGCUUCAUAGUGAAUGUCACAGAUGCCAUCUCAUCGGGUGAUGAUGAGGACGAUACCGAGAGGUCGGAGGACGCGGGGGCAGACGGCAAGCAGUUAAGUGCUCCGUAUUGGACCUCAUCAGCGAAGAUGGAGAAGAAGCUUCAUGCUGUGCCUGCCGCCAACACAGUCAAGUUCCGCUGUGCUGCUGGAGGCAAUCCUGAGCCCAAGCUGCGCUGGCUGAAAAACAGCAAACCUUUCCGCCAGGAGGAUCGCAUGGGAGGGUAUAAGGUGCGUAGUCAGCACUGGACCCUGAUCAUGGAGAGUGUCGUGCCGUCAGACAAGGGCAACUACACAUGUGUGGUGGAGAAUGAGUUCGGAGCCAUCAACCACACCUACACCUUGGAUGUAGUGGGUGAGUAGCAGCCGCAGGCGCGCUCUCACGGUACACCGGUGAGGCUGAAUGAGGAGGAGGAAGGAGGUGAAGGCAGAUGAAGAGAGAGCAGCUGAAAAUGUUCUCACAGUCAGAGUGUGUGGAUAGACAGGUGCACAGUGAAUGCAGGUGCAGGAGAGCGUUGCUGCCAAGUGUGUGGAAUCCAAGCAUGGGUCAGUGGUCCAUUCAGUGAAAUAGAUGUAAUGUAUUUAUUACAGCACUGAUCAAAGCAGGGUGUAUAUGCCAACUUUAGUCAACAAAAGAGUCUGGACAGAUGCGGACAUGUAAAAAAAAAACAACCCAUAAAUACACUUUACUGUGAGUCUAAAAAUGACUCUCAACGUUUUAAAUCUAAUUUUUUUUUUAAUACAAUUUUCAAUGACCAGAUUUGAGCACAUUGUGUCAGUAGAACGAUCUCUGAUCUGUACUGGAUACACAUCCAGAUCUCCUCUGUGAGGACACACUGUGCCGUGCAGAGGUCAGCACUAUCGCAGCAAAUUCAGAGACCACCCGAGUGCAUCUCUCACACUGACCUUUGAAGCUCAGAAAGAAAAGACUGUUUUUCUGGUUGUUUUGCUAAACCAACAAAUCAGGACAACAAGGGAUGUGGAUCGAAGAUAUCACCGUAGAUCAAAGUGUGUUUCUGCGACAACUUUGCCCCUGAAUACGGACCCAUUCCCCUCUGACUCUAUUGAACCAAUAAACAAGCAAUCAGUGCAGAUCACGCUUGUAUCUGACCCAGUUAUUCUUCUAAAGGCCGGUCAAUAAUCCCAUGAUAACCCAGACAGACCUGCAGGAGUUUGAUGGCCGAACCAAAAGGUGUAUUUUAUGUCACUGGUUACUACAGGAGUCGGUAGAAAACGUGUUGGUAGAUAAAUGAUUUAUUAUAGAUUUUUGCUCCAGGAGCCUAAUAAGCAGAGACCUGUACAAAACAGCACUCACACACUCACCCUGCUCCCCACCACAGGCCCCCUGUGCUGCUCCCCUCUGGAGUUAGCUGAAGCUCUCCUUCAGACUGCAUAUUUCUGCUUUUUGUUCUGUUUCAUAGCAGAGCAGUAACC